GGAAUGGCUUGAUGUAGAGUGUGUGUCUGAAACAAGGUGGAGGUGACAGCUACCUAUAUAAGUCAGGAACACCAGUCAAUAAAUCUGCUUGAGGAAUCAAGAUGAACAAAUUACUGCUUGUUACGUGUCUGACCUUCCUACUGCAUGUGCAGUUAGGCUCGUCUGUCAAGUUGGUGUGCUACUUUACCAACUGGGCUCAGUACUACCCUGCGCCAGCAAUAUAUAUGCCAGAUGAUAUUGAUCCUUGCAUGUGUACUCAUCUGAUUUAUGCUUUUGCCACCAUGACCAACAACCAGAUCCAGACAUUUGAAUGGAAUGACCCAACACUUUAUGCUUCCUUCAAUGCCCUCAAGAACUACAACAGUGAACUGAAAACUCUUCUCUCUGUUGGAGGCUGGAACUAUGGAACCUCUGGAUUUAAUACCAUGGUAUCCACUUCUGAGAACCGCCAGACUUUUAUUAACUCUGUCAUUGCAUUCCUUAGAAAGUAUGGGUUUGAUGGAUUGGACAUUGACUGGGAAUAUCCUGGAGACUCAGACAGAGGCAGUCCUCCUCAAACCCAGCAACUGUACUCUGUUUUGCUACAGGAAAUGCAUGAAGCAUUUGUGCAGGAAGGCAGUCAAACCAAUAGACCACGUCUGCUCAUGUCUGCUGCUGUGUCUGCUGGCAAGCCCACCAUUGAAAAUGGAUACCAAAUUCCACAACUAUCUCAGUACUUGGACCUUAUUAAUGUAAUGACAUAUGAUUUGCGUGGCUCAUGGGAAGGAUUUACAGGAGAGGAUAGCCCUCUGUACCAGGGGCCAAAUGAUCAGGGUGGUUAUAUCUAUUUCAAUGUGGAUUAUGCUAUGAAUUACUGGAAAAAUAAUGGAGCUGCACCAGAAAAGCUCAUGGUCGGAUUUCCAGCCUAUGGGCGAACCUUUAUACUUUCUGACCCCUCUAAUAAUGGAGUGGGUGCUCCUACUUCUGGUGGAGGUCCUGCUGCUCCCUAUACACAGCAGCCUGGAUUUAUGGCAUAUUUUGAGAUCUGUACUUUCUUAAAAGGUGCAACUGAGGUUUGGAACAGCCCACAAGCAGUCCCCUAUGCGUACAAAGGAAGUGAAUGGGUUGGGUAUGACAACCAAAGGAGUUUCAAGCUCAAGGCUGAGUGGCUACUGGAGAAUAACUUUGGAGGUGCUAUGGUGUGGGCCCUUCCUUUGGAUGACUUUAGUGGAAAAUUCUGUGGUCAAGGCAAAUAUCCCCUAAUGAACACACUGAAAUCAGCUCUGGGCAUCUCUUUUCCAAAUUGUAAAAUACCAACAAUAACAGCAGCACCAAACACAGCAGCGGCCCCAACGACAGCUGCAGCAGCCCAACCAGGUAGCAGCAGUUUCUGUGUUGGAAGAGCAAACGGUCUUUACCCCAGCCCAACCAACAAGAGUCAGUUCUAUAACUGCCUGAAUGGAAACACUUACCAGCAGUCCUGCCAGUCAAGUUUGGUUUUUGACACCAGCUGCUCUUGUUGUAACUGGGCAUAA